AUGGCCGUCGAAGCUCAAGGCAUAGAUCCUGGAAGGGAACACCGAACGGGGCACUCUUCCAAUCUGCCAGAUGACAAAGAGCUGCGAGCAGACUUGGAAGUCCUAAGGCCUCUAAGUGACCCAGAACUCCCUGGGGUCGUGAGAAUCAACGCAGUCAACCGGCAUCUCGGCUUCUCAGGUAGAUGCGGCCUCUACUUCUGCAUGUUUCUCGUCUCCUACGCCGCAAACCUCAAUUGGCUCACUCUUGGCACGUACCAGGGCUAUGCGACAUCAACUUGGGAACGCCACUCGCUGCUCUCGACAAUCAAUGUGGUUCGGGGAGUCAUAUCGGCAGCAGUGAUGCCACUGACGGCCAAGCUAUCCGACCUCGUCGGCCGCGUUGAAUGCUUCAUCAUCGCGACCCUCUUCUUCGUCGUCGGGUUGAUCGUGCAGGCGAGCGCUCACAACAUUGAAUCGUUCGCCACCGGAUCGCUCCUUGUCCAGAUAGGCUACACUUGCUGCCAAUUGUUGGUGGAGAUCCUGGUUGCGGACACCACUUCACUCAGAUCCCGUCUCUUCUUCCUCUUCCUUCCAUCGAUGCCCAAUAUCGUCAAUGUUUGGAUCAGCGGGAAUGUCACCUCAUCUGUGUUGACGACGACGACAUGGCGGUGGGGUGUUGGCAUAUGGUGUAUCGUCUACCCCGUGUGUGCACUACCUCUCAUCCUCUUCCUCAUCAUCGUCGGGCGUCGUGCUUCCAAGGAAGAGGACUACAAAGGCUCGUCCAGUAUAGGCAAAGGCCAUCCUCCCCGUAUGUUGAUCAGCGAGAUGCACCACAAACUGGAUCUCAUUGGGCUCGGGCUUCUAAUGGCAGUGCUCUCUCUCUUGUUGAUUCCUCUUACCUUGGCAGGAGGAGCAACCAGCAAGUGGAAGAUCCCUGGCAUCAUCACGCCAGUGGUCUUGGGCGCCCUGUUCCUCCCCCUUUUCAUCCUCUGGGAGAGCAAGGCGCCACAUCCCCUCCUGCCUUUCAAGCUCCUCAAAGAUCGCGCCGUGUGGUCUGCCAUUGGCAUUGCCUUCUUUGCUGCCGCUUCUUUUACAACACAAAGCGAUUUUCUUUACACUGUGCUCCUCGUUGGCUACGACUUUAACAUCAUGGCCGCUACACGCGUGUCAGUUGUCUCCAGCUUUUGCGAAGCUGUCGGGGGGAUGGCGGGAGGCAUCAUCAUCUUUCAGUUCCGGCGAUGCAAGCCCAUGGUUAUCGCAGGGGCUGCUUUGUGGUUCACGGCCUACGCCCUCCUGUACCACUACCGCGGUGGACCAGACAGCUCGUCCAGAGCCGGUGUUAUUGCUGGCCAAGUGCUCGUCGGCAUAUCAGCGGCACUAGUAUCCUUUCCUAACAUCAUCAUCGCGAUGACCCUGACUAAGCAUGAGAACCUUGCCGUCUUGACAAGUGUCUGGCUGGCGAUGAACUGGGCCGGGUUCGCGCUGGGGAACUGUGUGUCCGGAGCGAUAUGGACUCAGACAUUGUACACCCGCCUUCACCGAGAUCUCGAUCCCAUCAACAGCACACUCGCGGAUUCGGUGUAUGCUGAGCCGCUGUAUGUUGUCCCUGGGUUCCCUGUUGGGACGGCCGAGAGGUCGGCUAUCAUUGAGAGUUAUAGGUAUAUCCAGAGACUUUUGGUCAUCACGGGCAUGGGUUUGUUGGUGCCUGUUGUGCUUUUCGCUAUUCUUCUCCGAAACACCAAGUUGCAUGGGCACUUUGGGAGCGGACCACCACAAAAGAAUUGA